UCUGUUUCAUUUCUAGAGUGUUUUGUUUGUUGUUUUUGCUAUGCCCACCCUGAAACUUGCUACCUUUUGAGUUUAAUAAAAACCUGGUUGUUGUAAACCGUAAUCCUGUGGCAGCGUUCGUUUUUCCUUGGCAGCAGGGAGUGUGGCCAUUUUAACUUUCCUUCUUUUCUUUUUCUUUUUUGUGUUGUGCUCCGGUAUCCCACACGGCUCAGACCUGUAGAUACAGGUCUGCGUCAAAGGCCAGUGUAAUCAUGCACAGCUACUCUUGCAGAGUUCGGGAAUAAAAAGUAUCUUAUUAUAACAGUAUCACCAGGCUAAUGUAUCCCUUGAGAUUAGGAGCAUUAGCUUAUAGAUUUUGGCAAAAUAAGUUCAUGAAAACUUUUGCUUAUAUAAACUGAUUUGGCCUUGCCUGAAAUUAUUUCUAAGAUAAUAAUCCAUUAAGAUGACUUGCACUCCCAGAUUUACCUCUUCUGUUAGGCUUCAGUCAAUUAUCUGUUUGUUUGUUUGUUUGUUAGUCAGGAAGUAUGAUACUAUAGAAUGACAUAUGAGGAAAUCCUAUGAUUUUGUGCUCAGUGUCAGAUCAGGAGUUACAUGGUUAUUAAUAUUUUGAAUUUUCUUUUCAAUUCUCUUUUUUCCAGCAACGUAAUGUCUUCCAAUGCAUCUCUGUCCACCAAGGACAAUGAUGACAUCAUCAUAAGCAACAUCAACUUUGUCCUCUACACAGUGACUGUUGUGCUCGGCAUCACAGGAAACGCUGUGGUGAUCUGGAUGGCUGGAAUCAAACUUAAGCCAGCAGUCAACAAUGUGUGGCUGGUGAAUCUGGCGAUAGCAGAUCUGAUUUUCUGCUUCACACGAAUCUUCUCCAUCAUCCAGAUGAAGUUAGAACGGUGGCCUUUUGGUCUCUUUCUCUGCCAGUUUCAUGGUUUGUUCAAACACACCAACAUGUUCUGCUCUGUCUUCCUGCUGGCUGUGAUCAGUCUGGAUCGAGUGCUUUGUGUCCGUCAGCCCAUCCUCACGAAGCGUCGACGCACCCUCUUCGCAGCGAGGGUGGUGGCAGUCUGUGUCUGGAUUAUAGCGCUCCUCUUCAGCAUUCCCUACUUCACCUUCCGCAAAAUCUACAUGGACAACAACCAAACUAAGUGUAAAAUGGUGUGGGUGGAGAAGCCAAAGGAAAACAAAAACACCAAAGUUGCUCUCUACUCCAUGCAAUUCAUAUUCAGCUUCAUAUUUCCCUUUGUGGUCAUUCUCAUCUGUUACAUCCUGGUUGGCCUGGGCCUCCGACGCACUCGUCUGUCAGGGAAAUCUCGGCCCCUUCGUAUAUUAGUAUGUUUGGUCAUUGCCUUCUUCCUGUGCUGGGCACCUUAUCAGUGCCUUCUAUUAGUAGACAUUGUGUAUAAUGAAAACAAAGUGGUGAAAAAGUGUUACUCUAUAACAAAGAGCAUUGCUUAUUUUAACAGCUGUGUGAACCCAUUGUUAUAUUUCUGUAUGGGGCUAAAAGUCAAGGAGGGGUUUAGACAGAAACUCAUGAGAGUUUAUAAAAGGGCUCUGGGAGAUGAUAUGGAUGGCCAGAUGGCUCAGCCAACUGAUCCCUCUUUGGAUUAAAGCUCUGGGUUAAAACAGAGAGUAGGCGGAAAGGAGUGGAUGUAAGUAAAUUUUACCUUUCCCCAGAAAAAUACAUGUCCUUAUACAUAACCAUUAAUAUAAUAUUGAAAUGCUGAAAUAAUUUUUUGCUUCCAUUAUAUGAUCAAAACCAGUAUUUCAGAGUGAAACAUAAAAGGUGGGAAGACUACAGUAAUGAUAAUCAGUCAAAUUAAAAGAUUUAUCAACAAAGGCUCAACAAAACAGAUGUGUGAACUCCUACCUUUCACUAAAUCUGUUUCACCAUCACUAUAUUUAAAGUCAAGUCUUAAGAACAGUGAUAAUUUGUUUGUUGUUUAUUUAUUUAUAAUACCUGGAAAAUUCAUAUUGACACCAGAAAAUUCACCCUCAAUCAUUGCGUCAUAUUUUACAUAUUGUAUAUUAUGUUUUUUGCUUUUGGUUUUUUCUUUUGUUUAUCUAUAAUUACCUAAUUAUAGAUAAACUGGAAUAAUUACGUUGUUAACCCUUGGUAAGUUGUUGCCAAAGCAGAAGUCAAAUAUCUUCAAAGGUUUAGGUCUGAGGAAUAAAUCUCACCAUAAACGCCACCUGGUACCAUUUCUGGAGUUUUAGACUUUGCUGAUGGUAUUUGCCUAAUGUUGCUGAAUUGUGUGGGGGUUUUGUUUUUUGCAUAGUUAUAUUACAUUGACCUUUGCCACUGUUUAAACUUAACUAACCCCAGCAUUAGCUUAUAGAUUUUGGCAAAAUAAGUUCAUGAAAACUUUUGCUUAUAUAAACUGAUUUGGCCUUGCCUGAAAUUAUUUCUAAG